UACGCCUCGGUGGGCUUGCAGCCGAUUACUCUGAGCCGCUUGCUGCAGAUCUGCCAGCCGCCGUUGACCCGCGAGUCCCUGAUCGAAAACGCACAGUACCUGUGUCGCGAGCGGCCGGUGCGGUACGCAAAACGCCUAAAGCUGUUCCAGCGCCUGCCAUACAUUGUUGGCGUGAACCCGCAUCUGAACUCGAUUUACCAGAUAUACUACAAGAACUUUAACGACUCGAAGCACUUCCCCAUGGUCGAGUCGCUGUCGGACCAGCGCGAGUUUAUCCAGAUGCUAGCGCGCCAGUCCGAGUCCCUCCGCGAUAUCAUGCCCGCAGUUGCCAGGGGGUUCUAUGAAAGCAGGCGGUACAUUAGCACACCCGACCGGUGUGCGUUCCUUGACGAGCUGAUCAAAAUGCGCAUCGGCUUGAGACUGCUGACUAGCCAGCACCUGGCGCUAUAUCACCAGUUCCGGGCCACUGCCAAGGGCACCUACGAUGAGGAGACCGACCAUGGCCGGUUCCAGGGCAUCGUCGAUAACCGAAUGAAGCUCGCACAUAUGGUGCGUCUGUGCGCCCAGGGAGUUCAAGCCAUGUGCGACAUGGCGUACGGCGAGGCACCCACAUUCACCAUCGACGGACAGACGAAUUUGACGUUCCGCUACAUCCCCUCGCAUCUCGAGUAUAUGUUAGUGGAGCUGCUCAAGAACGCAUUCCGCUCGACUGUGCAGAACUCCAAGGGCGGCGAGAUUCCGCCGGUGCAGAUUACAAUAUCCAAGGGCAGCAGCCGCGUGGCCAUCCGGAUCCGUGACUUUGGUGGCGGCAUCCCGCAUGAAAUCCAGAGCAAAGUGUUCGAGUACUCGUUCACCACUGUCAAGCACUCAAGCGUCGAUGGCAGCCAGGACGACGUCACCAUGCGCAAUGUGGCCGCGGGCCAGAGCUCGAUCGCUGGACUUGGAUUUGGACUGCCGAUGACUAAAAUAUACGCAGAAUUCUUUGGCGGAUCGCUCAACGUCAUUUCGCUGGACGGAUACGGGUGCGAUGCGUUCUUGGAGCUUCCA